AGCGGCAGUGGGCGGGGCGUUCACACAAGCGCUUCGUGUUUACCCGUGUGUGAAUCACAAACAGAUCCGCGAUCAGACUCGAUCUGAAACCUGCACUUCUGGUUUUCUGCACACAUUUCUGUGACAAACUACAUACAUGAAAACUGUGAAAUAACACACACACACACACACACACACACACACACACAGAGCUGCUGUACCACACAUGACACACACCAGCGGGAUUGACGGUGGGUGACGUGUGCAUCUAUACAUGCCAGUCAUGCGUCUCAUAAACUCUCAGUUCGCCCAUCAGCCCUCCAUCACGCCCGUCGCCCGCCCGCCGCCCGGCCCCUCGCACACCCCUCGGGCCCUGUGGCCCCCGCUGGACUUCAGUCUGGGCGCGCUGGCGUGCUGCGGCGCGUGUGUGGUCACCAACCCGCUGGAGGUGGUGAAGACCCGACUGCAGCUGCAGGGCGAGCUCCAGGCCCGCGGCUCCUACCAGAGGCACUACCGCGGCGUGCUGCAGGCGCUGUGGGUGGUGGGCAGCACGGACGGCCUCCGCGGCCUGCAGAAGGGGCUGACGGCGGCGCUGCUGUACCAGGGUCUGAUGAACGGGGUGCGGCUCGGGUUCUACUCCUACACGGAGGCCGCGGGACUCACGGACGCGCCGGGCGGGAGUCUGAUCGCAGGAGCUGCGGCGGGAGCGCUGGGCGCAUUUAUCGCCUCGCCGGCGUAUCUGGUGAAGACGCACUUGCAGGCGCAGACGGUGGCCGCCAUCGCAGUAGGACACCAGCACAACCAUCAGGGCGUGUCGAGCGCAUUCGUGUCGAUCUACCAGCGUGAGGGCGUGACGGGUCUGUGGCGGGGUGUGAACGGGGCCGUCCCGAGGGUCAUGGUGGGGUCAGCAGCUCAACUGGCCACGUUCAGCUCGGCUAAGGACUGGGUCACACGUGCACAGUGGUUCGGCCCUAACAGCUGGCUCACCGCGCUCACUGCUGCCAUGAUGAGCGGGGUCGCCGUGACGAUUACCAUGACGCCGUUUGAUGUCAUCAGCACACGCCUGUACAACCAACCGGUGGACGAGUUUAAAAGGGGGCGUCUGUACUGCGGGUUUGUGGACUGUCUGAUGAAGGUUUGUGCUACUGAGGGAAUCAUGGGGCUGUAUAAAGGAAUGACGCCAGUGUUCGUGCGUCUGGCUCCUCAUACGGUUCUCAGUAUGCUUAUAUGGGACGUCCUGAGACAGCGAGCGCUGCUGUACACGCACUGACCUGGAGCGGCAGUGAACGUUCCUGCUCAAAUCUCUCAGGAUGAAGGUUUUUAUCGUCGUAUUGCACAUACUGAUGCUUCGACUUGAACUGACUCUUGAAAUGCAGUUGAAGAGAAUCAUGGGAAGGAUGGUUUUACCUCACCGGUGUGUCUUAUUUCUGAUAUAACGCUGUAAAGACUCUUUGUAUUUUUAACAUGCAGUUUAUUAAAGUUUUUACCGACUUCAUUGUGUCUGUAUUUAUUAGUGCUGCUUUAGAAAACAAAUAAAGGCACAAGAGACUUAA